AUGAAUGCCGUUUUGAUUAUCGAAUUACUUAUGGCUACUUGUAUUGCCACCCAAGGCAUGGUUGUGCCUGGCACUUCGCCACUUAACAGAACUUUAUCAUGUAAAUGCAUUGAAGAUGAUCUGAAAUGCAAGGAUGCAUGUUCAAAGUCAGGCAUUGCUGCUUCGGACAAUGCUCUUAGGAUUAUGCAAAUUCAAAGUCCAUCAGGCACUGUUAUUACGAAAACUAUUCAUGCAGAUGAAAAGCCAUUUGUCAAGUUUGUCGAGAAAAAAAUCAGCAAAAACAUAUAUGGUAGCGGAUAUACUCCAAAUGCUGAUGGUGGAAACGGUUCUGCACAAGCGAUGGCUACGUUUCUAACAGAUGCUCUACCCACAAAAACUUCUGAAAAUAUUGUCUACAAAGGCGACAUUGCUUCGUAUAAUGGCACAUCAUACAGAGCUUGUGACUUGUAUGACUGGGCAGCAAAAAUCCGUGCAAAUGGGCAAUAUAUGUCUAUGAGCGACGAAUUAAAAACUCUGUACAAUAGCAUCACUGAGAAUUCAAAUCUAGGUGGCAUGUGUGCAAGGAAAUCUUCUGUAAUAGAGCUUCCUAAAGUCAUUCAGAACAUCGAUAACAAACGUUCAGUGCCUGAUACCUCUACAGAAGAGAUGCCUUCUCAUUCCCUCACAAACCUUAAUGAACCUGUUAUAAUAGAAAGAAAUAACGUGAUUCCUGUAUUUAUCAGGGACUCAGAUGUGUUCCAUAAUAUAUAUCCUGAAAGAUAUACACAAAAAGAUGAUCCAAGGAUGCUUCUUAAUCAAGACACUGGAGUAUCUGUGUCAACAAUUACAUUGAGAACAACAACCACAACAACAACAACCAAGGCACGGUUGAUUGAGCAAGCAGAAGACAUGGCAUCAAAGAAGAUGAAAACACAAACAAUAAUAACAACCAGAACAAUUACAAGGCAUCCAAGAGUGUCUCGAGGCAUGCGUGAUCUCACUACAACAAUUCUUAAGACAAUGUAUGUUGAUAGAGAUGGCAUGGAUAGCAAAAUAGAAACAGAUGAUCGUGCUGAAUCUGAAUCAAGUGCUUUCUCAGCAGCUGCUCUUGAAAAUAAGACAAAGAAUGGCUUUAAAAAUAAAAAGUAUAAGCCAAGUACACAAAAACUGAUGGAGUUUGAUUUGCUUGAACAAAUCAAGAGUCUGCUCGACUCGGAGACACACAAUGCCAACAAGAAGAUUGUUACAACCAUAGUACCUGAUAAGCCAUCAAUAGCUGAACUUCUGCAUCAUCAAUCACCAGAAAGUGCAUUAUAUACAGUUCCUCACACAACCACGCUCACGAUUAGCAAAGAACACACAACAACAGUCUACAAAAGCGUACCUGAACCUUCUAAUAAGGGAUAUUUGGAAUCUAUGCAUAAGGACCGUAUGCCCAUGGAGUAUGAAGAUGCAUUUAAAGAGUUGUUAAAGGGAGUUUCUGAAUUUAUGAAGAUCAACAAGGCAUUACCAUCUACAAAAGAGAGCAUAUUGAAUGGAAAGAAUGUGGCUACGAAGAAAUUAACAACCACAGUAGUGGAGACAGUUACAAAGACAAAGAAUGUUCAUGAUUCCAUCUUAUCACAGAGCCAAUCAAUAGCACUGCCUUCUGUGGCUACUGUUCUGAAUAUACCUCAUGCUUCACAGACUAAAGAAGAUGAAGAGCAUUCUAUCAUAAUGAGCAAGUAUGAAAAGAAGGUUGAAGAGCUUAUGAAGAGGAUUUCAAUGAAUGAAGAGAGAGAACAGAAACUAAUUGACAUGAUACUAACGAUGGAAAGAAACAAGAAUAUGAAGAAUGAACAGAAUGAAUUUGAGAUGAUACGAGUACAUGACAAAGAUACCAUGGAUGAAGAGCAUAUAGAAUCUAGUGUUUAUUUACCACGUUAUCUAAAGCAUAUGGAAGGCUUGAAUGAUAUUAAGAAGUAUGGAGCGAAAGUGCCUGGAUUGCAUGAUGACCGAGCGAAUGAUAUAGGUAUGUAUAAUGGAAUAUCGAGUAGUAAGGAUAUAGAUAGUGUUAGUGAGAAUGAAGAUAAAGAAGCUGAGAAAGACUCUAUAAAAUCAAUAAUGAGUGUGCUAUCGAUUGAGAGAUUAUCUACGCAUGAAUUUGAUACUAAAAGACAGAAACUGCCAAAAGAGAAUGAGCAUCAUGCAUCUGCCAUGAAGAAUAAAUACAAUCUAAAAUCAGUUUAUGCUGAUGAACCUGAGAUACUGCGAUACGGCAAGAAAAAUGGCAAGAAGAAGAUUGCUAGAGAUAUUUCUAAGAAUGAUGAAGAUAGAGUUAUGAUAGAAAGUGUGGUUGAUGUGUUAAAGGGAUUGAAGGAGACGCUUACGGAGCAUGAGGUGGUAACUAAGACUGUUAUCAGUACGGUUGCCAAAGAGUUGGACAAGGAUAUGCAUAUUAGUGUGGUGAGUUCAGUUGUUGAAGAUCAGGUACGAAGGCUUGAAAGGGAAUUAGAUGGGUUUGAGGAGAAGGUUGAAGCAGUGGUUGGAAAGAAGCUAAAAGAAUUCAAAAUGCAUCGUAAUGCCGAUCGUAGUCAUAAUGAUGAGAUUGUUUCUGUUGUAUUACCUGUUAUAUCUAGAUCUGUGAUAGGAACAAGCGAUGAAGAUACAACUGAAAAAGAAAGUAAAUCGAAAAGAAUGAGAACUAGAAUGGUUACAGUGAUUGAGUCAAAAGAGAGUAUUAGUAAAGAUGCAAGCAUCAGUACGGUGUAUAAUGAGAUACCAAAAGUCGCAUACUCAAGAAUUGAGUCUUAUGUAAAACAACCGGAAUCGGUAUGCUUGGAAAGUAUUGAUGCAAAAAGCUUAGAUGGAAAAAGCAUGGACGAUGUUGUAUUGGAUAUAAAACAAAAGAAGAUUCCAAAUGACAGUUUGCUGAUUUCUGAUGAGAUUGUCAUAGAUGAGAUAGUGGAAAAGCUAACGCCGUUUGUAAACGGAAUAAAUAUGUCUUCUAUCAGUGCAGAUCAAACACAAAAUGAAGGUGAAAGCACUGUGGCAUCGAUAUCUGUUGGCUAG